CUCAAACUUUUGCUCGUCUUCCAGAUAUUGUUCUGAGGAGUAACCAUGAGGAUAGCCAUCUUGUUCGGUCUGGUGGCCAUUGCAUCGGCCGAGGUAUUGCCAUCCACCUCCUAUGGAGCCCCAAACGGAGGGUUCUCAAACGGUUUUGGAAGCGGAGCCGCAAUCAACGGUUUUGGGGCCCCAAGCAACGGUUAUUCUGCACCAAGCAACACCUAUGGACUGCCAAAUGGCGCCUACGGAGUAGACCCUGAGAUUGCCGCUUUGGCCGAGAACAUUCCCGGGGGCGGCGUCCCCGGCGAGGACUACCCCAUCUUGGCUUCCGUGCCCGAAACCGGCUUCUCGUGCGAUGCCCAAGCGGUGCAAGGUUACUACGCCGACACUCAAGCCGGCUGCCAGGUGUUCCAUAUCUGCCAGGACCGCGCCCUCAGGCGCCAACAGGACUCGUUCCUGUGCCCCAACGGUACCAUCUUCAACCAGCAGUACCUGGUAUGUGACUGGUGGUUCAACGUGGACUGUUCUCAAGCUGAGAGCUUCUACUCCGUCAACGAACUCAUCGGAGUCGUUCCCGACGCCGGUUAUGCUUAUGCUGCCGCCACCAACGGCAUCCUCAACGGAAACGGAAACGGAUAUGGAGCCAACGGAAACGGAGCCAACGGAAACGGAAGGAACGGAGCUAAUGGAUACGCUUCCAAUGGCAACGGAGCCACCAAUGGAAAUGGAUAUCGCUCAAACGGCAACGGCGCUAAUGGCAAUGGCAGGAACGGCUAUGCUACUAAUGGCAACGGCAACGGAGUCUCCAAUGGCAAUGGCAGGAACGGCAUUGCUUCUAAUGGCAACGGAGCGAACGGUGCCAAUGGAAAUGGUCUCAACGGCAAUGGGUAUGGAAAUGGAAACGGAUAUAACGGCAAUGGUGUUAACGGCAACGGAAACGGAUACAACGGCAAUGGAAGAAGCGCCCUGAAUGGCAAUGGAAACGGGUACAAUGGUAAUGGCAACGGCAAUGGUGUUAAUGGCAAUGGUGUAAAUGGUAAUGGCAACGGCAAUGGAAACGGAUACAAUGGCAAUGGUGCAAAUGGUAAUGGGAAUGGUGUUAACGGAAACGGAUACAACGGCAAUGGAAAUGGCAACGGUGUUAACGGCAAUGGAAGAAGCGCCCUGAAUGGCAAUGGAAACGGGCACAAUGGUAAUGGCAACGGAAACGGAUACAACGGCAAUGGUGUAAACGGUAAUGGAAAAAGUGCCCUGAAUGGCAAUGGCAACGGAAACGGAAACGGAUACAAUGGCAAUGGUGCAAAUGGUAAUGGGAAUGGUGUUAAUGGCAACGGAAACGGAAAUGGAUACAACGGCAAUGGUGUAAACGGUAAUGGAAAUGGCAAUGGCGUUAACGGCAAUGGAAGAAGUGCCCUGAAUGGCAAUGGCAACGGAAACGGAUACAAUGGCAAUGGUGUAAAUGGCAAUGGCAACGGCAAUGGAAGAAGCGCCCUGAAUGGCAAUGGAAACGGAUACAAUGGCAAUGGAAAUGGCAAGCUCAACGGCAAUGGAAGAAGCGGUCUGAAUGGCAACGGCGCCUCACCCUUGCCCUCCAGCCCCGACGGCGUCCCCAGCGCCCCCUCGGCCUCCUACGGCGCCCCCUUCUGAGUCCUGAGCGAGACCGACGCCCCUUCCCCGAAAUCCUAACAGGAUCUCCUUAAACUAUGUAUAUUUUUGAUGCUCGAAAAGAUUAUAUAUUUUUGCAAGAAUAAAUAUCGCACGAC